UUGUGCCACAAUUAUUUGAGCCAAACUAAGAUGUCCAUCCUUUUCAUGAUGUUCAGGUAAUCACUCUGGUUUUAUGCAGGUAGUCUGGAUUCCCGUUAGUUUACCUCCAUAAACCAUGGCUUCGACUUCUGCUUCUACUGCCGGCAAUGAGAAAGAAUUAAGUAUUCAUGUGCUUAUUUCCAGAAUAGACAAUUUCCUCGCUCAGAAGUCAUCCCGCCGUAAAAAACCAAAUGGGCGCACCUUUACUGACGUUCUCCAGCCUCUUUCGGCGGAUUUAUCUAAAGUCCUCGAAGGAAUUUCGCAGGGGGCUAAAAUGAUAUCCGAUCAGAAAAAGCUGUUAUCCAACUUAUCCAGUGAAGCACAGAGGACGGCUGAGAAUGCCCUACAUGGACUCGGAAAUGCUCACUCGGCGGCAGUAGGGUUUUUAGUGAUAGCCUCUGUUUUAGAGAGGUUGGAUAAGGUUUCUUUCAAUAAGAAAGAGUGCUUGGUACUUUUGAAAAGAAUGAAUGAUUUAGCCAAAUGCAUUAGACUUCUCAAAGCUAAGUCAGGGUUAGAUCACGAGUUGGAGAAGAAGAUGGAAGAUGCCUUCCAAUUCAUAGUUCAAGGAGCAAUAAUGUGCUUUACUCAGAUUGGCAUGCAAAAAUAUUACAAGUUUUUGUUGGUUUUAAAGAAUCGGGAAGACCUACAGCAACUUAAUCAGGAUAUCCAGCAUCUUUACGAGGAUCUAAAUUUACAUACAAUGGUCGCCAAUGUUGAAAACAGACCAACUGAGUUCCCCUAUCCUGAUUAUGGAAUUGGCAUAGAUCAUCAGGUGAAAGCUGUUACAGAAUACUUGGAUUGCGAAGGCGACAUGGCAGUUGUGGCUGUUGUUGUUUAUGGCGUUGGAGGAAUUGGGAAGACUACCAUCACAGAUGCUGUGUUUGCAAAUUUGACUAAGGGAUUGGAAGCUGGUUACAAAACUUCUAAUAUCAAGUUGCAUGAAGAUGUACAUGUGAGUAAGAGGAUAGAAGAAUUGCAGGCUCAAAUUUUACAUGAUCUAACAGGGCAAAAGUAUGAUAUUUCUCAUUAUAAAAUUGGUCAGGCUGAGAUCAACAAAAGUCUGAAGAAAGGACCCGUCCUCUUAUAUGUAGACAAUGUUCUCAGACGAGAAGACAUUGAACUUAUCUUACCCAAGAAACUUGAUAAUCCAAAUAAAUUCCGUCUCCUUUUAACUGCUAGAAAGAGAGAUGUGGUGGCAACUGUGGAAAGCUGCGGCAUUGAGUGUUGUAAAGAUUAUGAAAUCGAACCUCUUGGUAUUGAGGCUUGCUUGGAUUUAUUGCACAGAAAAAUAGGUCUAAGCAGAGAUUAUAAAAUGCCUAAAAUUAGGCAGAUAGCAGAAAAGUGCAGCGGCAUUCCAUUGGUCCUGGAAGUGGUAGGAGGUUACUUAAGAAGGAGAAGAAGAGAGACUAUGGAGGUUGAAGCAGUGGAAAGAGUACUCCAAGGCUUGGAAAAAGGGGAGCCUUUUAGUGGUAACAAGCAGGAUAUGGGAUAUGAGGCAAAGCUUUUGUUUGCCUAUGAUGAUCUAACACAAGAUGCUCAAGAUGCUUUCCUUGACAUUUGUAUGUUUUUCAAUGGCUGGAAUUGUGAGAAAGUGGCUUCCAUCGUGGGUGAAGAAGAAUGGCUUACUCUGCGCGAAGGGGCGCUGGUGAAAACAAUUGCAGAUAAAGCAAAUGUCCAUGAUGUUCUUGUUGGAAUGGGCCGUAACAAAAGCAAAGGCGUCCGUAUCACAAACACAGAGGAACUGUCUUCUGCUCUAAAGAAUGUAGAUAGAAUAAAAGGGAUAUGGUUGGCCGACAACAGAGUCCCAUAUUUGGAGCUGUCAGUAGAAAUGCUAGAGCAGAUGCAUCAAUCCCUUCGUGUUCUCGCACUGGGUGACUGGACGAUCGUAAGCGGCACAUGCAACAACACAUUUCACAGCUUAAGAUUUCUUCAAGCUGGAGAUGUUCCUCAUCUGCCAUUCAAUAUAGAUCGACUUAUUCACCUCAAGUACUUCGCCAACGGCUCCGGCAAACACAUCUGUAUGAACACACCGUCUCAGGCGAGUCACUUUACCUAUAUACAUACUUUAUUAAAGUUGACCGUACUAUGACAACAGACAACUACAUUAUGCAGGAUAUUCUUUUUUAAGUUAUACAAAUUAUUAGUUUCUGGGAA